AUGGCGGACAAAUCGGCUUACAUGUCGGCUGGCGGCUACUCCAGCGGCUACAUGGGCAGCAACGCCUCCUCGUCCAACUACCAACGCGAAGAGUACGCCCAGGGCAACAGCGGCAACGCCGGCGCCGGAUCCGGUGGCGUCUCCAACCGUGAGUUUGUCGAAAAUAAUCUGAUAAGCGUUGAAGAUGUAGGACAAUUUAUCUGAGCUUGAACUUGAGCUAGAACUUGAACUUGAGCUAGAACUUGAGCUAGAACUUGAGCUAGAACUUGAACUUGAGCUUGAGCUUGAGCUUGAACUUGAACUUGAGCUUGAACUUGAGCUUGAACUUGAGCUAGAACUUGAUCUAGUACUUGAACUUGAGCUUGAGCUAGAGCUUGAACUUGAGCUUGAGCUAGAGCUUGAACUUGCAAAAUUUGACCUUUCUUACCAUCUCUCAUUCUUUUUUUUCAGCUGGAGCCCAAGUGUUCAAGGCCCGCACGGACCAGUCAGCCUACCUGGGCCCAUAA